AUGCUUUGUACUCGAAGUUGUCUUCCUGCAGUGAUACGCCUUGCGAGUAUUCGACAUAUCUGUACGAAGCGAUUCAUUUCAAUGAGUUCGGAGAACAAAAUCGGAUUUAAACAAGGUCGUGGAACUGGCGAUUCUGGACAAAGUUCGCUGUAUAAUCUGGAGAGGAGAUGGAAAGAUGACGACGCUUUUAUGGCGUUAGGUGCAACUGAUGAGCUCUCUUCUUGGCUUGGUGUUUGUGGAACAUCGGCGAUUGAAGAUGGAAUCCUUCCUGAUGUUGUCGAAACUUUGACUCGUCUUCAAUGUUGUUUGCAAGACGUCGGAGCACAUUUGGCAACUCCGCCGAAAAACUCGACCGAGAGAAGAUUGAAAAAAACUGCAUUUGACGUUGCGAUGGUUGAUUGGAUCAAUGCUGAAAUCGAUAAAUAUGGUGAUCAAUUGCCCCCAAUUCGACAAUUUAUUCUUUCGGGCGGAGGCCAAACGUCGGCACAGCUACAAUAUGCUCGUGCAGUAUGUCGACGGGCUGAAAGAAGCGUCGUUCCGUUGAUUCGGGAUGAGGACGCCGAUCCGCAAUGUCUGAAAUUCCUCAACAGAAUGAGCGAUCUUCUGUUUGUGAUGGGUCGAUAUGCGUGCAUGAAAAACAAGAAAGAGGAAUUGACAUAUUUGAGACCCGACAGUUUCACGAAUCUCAAAUGGGAGAGAAAAACUCUCCACGAUAAGAAAUGA